UGCCAAUAAUCAGCUGCCCAUUUUGGCUCGAUUUGAAUUAAAUAAGCGGGAAAAUAAUCCAUUUUAAUAUGGUUUGUAUGUGGAUUGUAGUUUAACGUAUGGGAAUAAAAAAUGGGAUAUGAAGUAGGGGAAAGUUUGAAAGUUGUAUUUCAGGCUAUAGAAGAGAGAUGCAGCAGGCCUGUACUUUAUGACCAGUACGGGCUAGAAAUGCUGUUGCGGAAUUUAAGCCCCAUUGAGCAGUUGUUGGUUGCACGGAAUUUCUGCAAGUUGCCUUGGAAUAUAGGUAGUCUGCGUGCUUUAGCAGUGCUACAAGCUUCUAAUGUCCUGACAGCAAGCAACUAUGUACUCAGCCAGGAAAAUGUUGAAGAGCUGCAAUUUAUUCUAAAUGAUUUUCUCGAAGCUGAAUUUGAUUUAAUCCGCGAGUUAUUUGUUGCCGCCCAUUAUGAUAAGAAUAAUGGAAUAAGAUUGAAUGAUGUUCUCGAUGAGUGCCUUCGCAGUCUCUAUACUGAUUUAUUACAAAAUCCCAAAAUAAAUGAUCUGAAAUACUUAAAUAGUAUUACAAGGCAUGCUCCAGGUGAUUUUGUAAUCAGUUUGAUCCAAAAGCAUAUACGCAUUGUUUUAGAACUACAUAAGAGCAAUACUAAGUCAGCUUUUGCUAGUUUUACAAACUGGAUAAACGAAGGCGUGGACAAAAUUCAUUUUACGAAGCGGUUGUAUAACAAUUUACUUCGAUGUUCGGAACAGGAAGCAGUUUCCUAUCUCUUUAAAUUGUCCACGUUUGAACAUUUUAAGGAGUGGAAGUUUUACUUUAUUUUGCUACAAACUGUUGCUAGUAACUGCACUCACGAAAGCGCUGUGAGCAUGAGAAAAUACUUCAAAGCUCGACUUGUUGAACUAGCUGCAAUUCCUUCUCGGGAGGCUAUGCUUCAUUUACUACUGUCUGUUCGUGCUGCAACUGCCACAACAAUGGAUAUUGAUAAGAAUAUUACUGCAUAUGCAGAUUGGUAUAAACAAAACAUUAGUGACAUGAAAUUCAUUCUAAAAGUGGAAGAAUUCCAAACUAUAAUCGAUCUUUUGGAGCAAUGUAUACCUUACGAAGCUACUGAAGAUUAUAUAGAGAUUCAUGCCACUUUCGCAAUAUCCCCGCAUGUUCAUUGUGGAAAAUUGGUUCAAAGUUAUAAAAGCAAGUGUAAAAUGCAAUUGGCAAAAAUAAAGGCGGCGACAAAAGGUUGCAAUGAGAAUGAUAAAAGCAUACUUAUCGAAGAUAGUGAAUAAAAACAAAACAUCAUUUUAAAUGCAAG